GCCCGCUCCGCUGCUCGCAGCCUCCGGGACCCGCAGCCAUGGCCGACAUCAAGACGGGCAUCUUCGCCAAGAACGUGCAGAAGCGGCUCAACCGCGCGCAGGAAAAGGUCCUUCAGAAGCUUGGGAAAGCUGAUGAGACCAAAGAUGAACAGUUUGAAGAAUAUGUCCAGAACUUCAAACGGCAAGAGGCAGAGGGUACCAGGCUUCAGCGAGAACUUCGAGGAUAUUUAGCAGCUAUCAAAGGCAUGCAAGAGGCCUCUAUGAAGCUCACCGAGUCACUGCAUGAAGUCUAUGAGCCUGAUUGGUAUGGGCGGGAAGAUGUGAAGAUGGUGGGCGAGAAAUGUGAUGUCCUGUGGGAAGACUUCCAUCAGAAACUAGUGGAUGGGUCCUUGCUGACAUUGGAUACCUAUCUGGGCCAAUUUCCUGACAUAAAGAAUCGCAUCGCAAAACGCAGCAGGAAACUGGUGGACUAUGACAGCGCUCGGCACCAUCUAGAAGCUUUGCAGAGCUCCAAGAGGAAGGAUGAAAGUCGAAUCUCUAAGGCAGAAGAGGAGUUUCAGAAAGCACAGAAAGUGUUUGAAGAGUUUAAUGUCGACUUACAGGAAGAGUUACCAUCGUUAUGGUCAAGACGCGUUGGGUUCUACGUCAACACUUUCAAGAAUGUUUCCAGCCUCGAGGCCAAGUUCCAUAAGGAAAUAGCGGUGCUUUGCCACAAAUUGUAUGAAGUGAUGACGAAGCUGGGUGACCAGCACGCUGACAAGGCCUUCACCAUUCAAGGGGCUCCCAGCGAUUCUGGUCCACUCCGCAUCGCAAAGACGCCAUCGCCGCCCGAGGAGGCUUCGCCCAUCCCGAGUCCAACAGCGAGUCCCAAUCACACGCUGGCACCUGCGUCUCCUGCGCCGGCAAGGCCUAGGUCACCUUCACAGACCAGGAAAGGGCCUCCUGUCCCACCUCUGCCUAAAGUCACCCCAACAAAGGAACUUCAACAGGAGAACAUCAUCAGUUUCUUUGAGGACAACUUUGUUCCGGAAAUCAGUGUGACGACACCGUCGCAGAAUGAAGUCCCUGAGGUGAAGAAAGAGGAGACAUUGUUGGAUCUGGACUUCGAUCCUUUCAAGCCUGAGGUGGCAACUGCAGGCUCUGUUGCUGUGGCCCACUCACCCAUGUCGCAGACAUUGCCCUGGGAUCUAUGGACGACAAGCACUGACUUGGUACAGCCGGCUUCCGGUGGUACAUUUAAUGGAUUCACCCAGCCCCAGGACACGUCAUUAUUCACCAUGCAGACAGACCAGAGCAUGAUCUGUAACUUGGCUGAAUCUGAACAGGCUCAACCCACAGAGCCGAAGGCAGAGGAGCCCCCUGCUGUCGCCACACCUGCCGUUGGGCUGGACUCUGGACUGGACGCCCAGGCUGAGGAGCCAGUGGAGGGGGCAGUGGUCCUGCCCGGGACGGAGGCUGACGCGACCGCCGGAGCCUCGGCUGCCGCUGCCGCUGCCGAGGAGGCCCCCGCGGGGGAGGCGGCUCUUCCCGCCGGGGAAGGAGCAGGUGUAGACGCCGAAACCGCACAGGCCGUGGGGAGCGACGGAUCUCAGCCGGAGGAGUCAGAAGCAGCCGCGCCUCAGGACAAGGCCAUCCCGUCGGUCGUCAUAGAGCCCGCCUCCAACCACGAAGGGGAGGAACGCGAAGCGGCCGACGUGGCGGAGCCCGCGGGGACCCCCAGCGCCGCCGGCGAGCCGCCCGAGGCCCCGCAGCCCGAGCCCUCCGCUCCACCGAGCCCGGCGCCUCAGGAAGCGCCCCCCGGCUUCCUCUACAAGGUGGAAACACUGCACGAUUUUGAGGCAGCAAAUUCUGACGAACUUACCUUACAAAGAGGUGACGUUGUUUUGGUGGUGCCCUCAGAUUCAGAAGCUGACCAGGAUGCAGGCUGGCUGGUAGGAGUGAAGGAAUCAGACUGGCUUCAGUAUAGAGACCUUGCCACUUACAAAGGCCUCUUUCCAGAGAACUUCACCCGGCGCCUGGAUUAGAGCCAAACAUAUGGUAGAAAGAGCCUGAUUAUUGGGUUUUUAAACCCCCAGGAAAACCCGAAGAGUUCACUUUUGCUAUUACACUCUUAAUGAUUUACAGGCAGGGUGUCAAACAAGGCUUGGAAAGUUGUAUCAAUGGAGCAUGUGUGCAAGAAAAAAAAAAGUAAGAGAGACAAAAGGAAAUUACAGAUAAAGUCCUCACUGGUUCCCACGUUCUCGAUGAACAGGUUUAUGUGUGCUUUGUCCAAGCUGUGGAGACUUGUACUUGAUCCCUCCCACCAGUGCUGAAGUAGCUUUCUCCAGACCAGAACCUUAAUUUCUCUGCGCCAAGUGUAUGGUAUUGAGCGGCUGUCCCGCAGAAGACGUGAUGAGUUAACCCUGUAGUACGAGAUUAUCUCACUCCCUCACGCAGGUGUGAGCACGUGCUCGCUCCCUCCCCCUUCCAAGUUUACCGUGUUUCAAAGGAAACUGUUGCACACGUUUUCAGUGUUAUCUUCCACCGCCUCCCUCUGUGUAUGUGUGAGGACAUGCAGGUACACGCAGGUACACACGUUCCUUCCCAUCUCUUUCCCGAUCUAUGUGUAUGCACAGCCAAGGCUACAUAUACAUAGUUGCUUUUUGCUUUCUUUCGUUCCAUCCGGAGCUCUUUGCCUCUCAAGUGUCACUGAUACACGCGUUGCUCUGGCUCUGUCUGGCAUUCACAGGUGCAGUUUUGCCUCGAGGCAAAACCAGCCACCCCAUUGCCCAAGCAGUCGACAGUAUCUGUGUUUUGUGAUGUGCAUUUUUUCAGGGGGCCAUGACAAAUAGCAUGGCAGAGCUGCUGUCCCUUUGGAGAAAGCCACGCCCCGUUACCCAGCUGUCCAGCUGCCGGGGCUUGACGUGAGCUGGCGGAGAUGAGCAGCUAUGGAGUGUUAACUUCCGCCUUUCUAAGAUUGGCUGCCUGAUGGGGCAUAAAAAUCCACCCCCAAAGAACACUAUAUAUAUUAAAAAAAAAAAAAAAA